GAGCAGACGCUGCAGUUCAUCACCAAAAAAGCGAUGCAGGCCGUCUAAAGAAUCGAUCCGCCAGAGCUUCUUGAGGAAAGCAUCCCACAAUCUGCGGCCUGGAAGGGAGAUGGCCGCGCCAAAUGGCGAAAGGACCUUUUCGAACUCGUGAAUCGAGGCCACGAUGGCCGCCACGCUUUCGGCCUUUUGCCAUCUUUCUGAGGAUGGCAACGAUGACGAUGUUGCUGAUGCAGGCGUCGUUGAUGAGGAAGAAUCCCUUCGGUCGGGCUGAGGUCCACUGGCUGGUCUGACAUUAUCGAUGAGGUGCAAGGCAAUAAAGUGCAGCACUGGGACUGUCGCGUCGGUGGGGACGGUUCCUGAGACGUAGAUGUCGAUGAGGGCGAGGAGCCCAAUUUUGGCCGGGGUCAAGUAGCGCGACAUUUUGAUUCAAAUUUUGUGACGCUUUCUUUCUUUCUUUGCUGUCACGUCACUUAUUUGUGCUGCUCGAGUUGAGGAAAGCAAAGUCGACCACUCGAGUACAUGUAGCAACGCUUUUUAACGUCGAAUCAUCUACAUCCAUCAUUCUCCCGCUGAUGGUGACAGUCCGUUUGACAUAGCAAGACAAAUUCUUCAGAGGCGGUACAGCAACGACCUGGUCCCAAUCAAUGCUCUUCUUAGUCGUCCACCACCAGGCAGACACAGCUUCCUUAACUCAGCGGUUGCUGUUUACCGUCGCGAUCGGUGGAGGCUUCCUGCCAAACGAACUUUGUCUCUGACUAAGGCACCAAUUUCGCCUAUCAGUUGAGGACGAAAGCGUGCCAGUCACGUGACACCGCGUCAAGAGUCGUUGAUGAACAAAGCCUCGACCCGCUUCGCCGCCCACUUCUCCAUUACAGUACCUCAACACCUGCCAUCCACAUAGUAGGAGCCUUGACCAGAGGCAGCUACAUAGUUCGCCUGGAGACUGCAGGUGCAUUCUAUCUUCAACUUCCAUGCCUGAGGCCGUUGCCAAUGGAGGCUGGUUUUCUUGAGUUACACGGUCGCUCGAUAGCUAACGCGGCAUGGCCAAUGUGUCAUCGGACUUAAGUCGAUUGAGAACUCAGGUCUAAUGAUCUGAACCAUUGUCACGACUUACAGCUCGUACCACUGGCGGCUGUUGAUUUGUGGACAUCAUGGGAAUUCGAAUUACCUCAUGGAAUGUCAACGGCAUCAGGAACCCAUUUUCUUACGAACCAUGGCGGGAAAACAGAACCUUUAAGUCCAUGUUUGACAUCCUAGAAGCAGACAUUGUUGUCAUACAAGAGGCGAAGAUCCAGCGCAAAGACCUCCAAGAUGAUAUGGUGCUCGUUCCCGGCUGGGAUGUCUACUUCAGCCUCCCAAAGUUCAAAAAGGGCUACUCUGGCGUUGCAAUCUACACGCGAAGCUCAAAAUGCUCACCCAUCCGUGCCGAGGAAGGCAUCACUGGGAUCCUAUGUCCUCCAAACUCUACCACCAAAUUUCGCGAGCUGUCCCCCGACCAGCAGAUCGGCGGCUAUCCUAGGCCCGACCAGCUCUCCGACAUCAUAGACGAGGCUACUCUGGACUCGGAAGGGCGCUGCAUGAUCCUUGAGUUUCCGGCCUUUGUGCUCAUCGGUGUGUACAGCCCAGCCACUCGCGACGAAACUAGGACCGACUUCCGUCAAGCGUUCCAUAAGGCCAUGGAUGCAAGGGUUCGGAAUCUUGUUGCCAUGGGUAAGCAAGUUGUGCUCACGGGUGAUCUCAACAUUAUUCGCAACGAGCUCGACACGGCCGGCAUCUUAGAGCGUCUGCGCAAGGAGGAGAUGACUAUAGACGAAUUCUUCUCUACGCCAUCGCGCCGGUUUCUCAACCACAUGGUCUUUGGCGGUACUGUGGUCGGCGGCCGGGACGAAGGGCGUGAGGAGCCGGUCAUGUAUGAUCUCGGCAGAGAGUUCCACCCCGACAGGAUCGGCAUGUACACUUGCUGGGAGACACGCAAGAACGCACGACCUGGAAACUUUGGUAGUCGCAUAGACUACGUCUUGUGCAGCGCUGGCAUGAAAGACUGGUUCAUUGACGCCAAUAUUCAGGAGGGGCUGCUCGGGUCUGAUCACUGUCCAGUCUAUGCCACUUUGUCUGAUAACGUGAGGACGGCCGACGGCAAGAGUGUACCCCUCGUGGAUAUUAUGAAUCCAAAAGGCAUGUUCGUCAAUGGUAAAAGAGUGCGGGACUGGUCUGCUAAAGACCUUCUUCCACUGUCGGCAAAACUCAUUCCUGACUUUGACCGUCGGAGGAGCAUCAAGGACAUGUUCUUCAAGAAGCCAAAACCGACAAGUAGCAGAGAUGUGCCAUCGGAAAUAAGAGAAGAAACACCUUCAGAAACAGCACCACCAUCGCCGGUUACAAAAUCACCCAACACCAAAGAAGAUGAUCAGUCGGCCAAGCAAGACGGGCGGCCGUCCUCCCAAACAUCCACAUCCUCAUCCACAGUCAUUCUGCCCCAGACCAAUCCAAGCAUACAAAAGAGACCCAGCAAAUCAUCUGCAUCGAACUCGCGGCCGCAAAAGAAGACAAAGGUGUCAACGAGCAACACAGCAAAGAAUAGCGUCGAUAGGGCACCUGGUCAGAAGAGCCUUACCGGCUUUUUCAAGCCGAAAAAUCCGAUCAGUACUCCCGCAACAGACGGAGAAAGAACAUCAAUCCGUACCACCCCCUCACCCACCAAGUGCAGCAACGCCUCUACCCCAAAGAUCCCAGGGGCGUCAACAUUUACCUCCAAAGGUGACCAGGAAGGAGCUUCACAAGGUACGGAAACAGGAGCAGAACCUUUGAAUGGUGGGCGAAGCUUCAACAGCGGCAAGGAAGAUGACACCGGAGCAUCUCUUUCAGAAUCACCAAAGGUCUUUGAUCCGAUUGAGAACAAGGAGUCGUGGUCAAAGUUACUGAAGAAGAGAAUUGUACCCAAGUGUGAGCACGACGAACCGUGCAUCAGCCUACAGACCAAGAAGCCAGGCAUCAAUUGUGGCCGGUCCUUUUACAUUUGCGGCAGACCUCUUGGGCCGUCAGGCGAGAAGGAAAAAGGUACCGAGUGGAGAUGCGGCACAUUCAUCUGGAGCAGCGACUGGAACGCGUCACAGCAGACCUAAGGCGGCGGAGUGCCGCUACUGGCGUUGGGUUUCUACGUCAAAGCAAACUAUGCUACAGGGCGGACGACACAUCUUGUUACCAUUGUCACCAUUGUAAUCUCAUAUCACACAUAUCUCAUCGGCAGUUUCACUAGGACAAACAAUGGCACGUAGCGAGGAGUUUUUAGAGUUGGUAACAGGUCGAAUGAUUGACUUAGUGUAUCGACUUGCUGAGUGCAUUUCUCGUGGUAACAUCUUGUGUCAUCCCAUCUGAUGCGCAACUGUAAAAGAACAGAGAGACUUGAGAAAAGAAAAGAAAAGAAAAACGUAAGGGU